AGGGGGAGACAGCUCGUCCGAUUCCGGGCGCCGUGGCUGCUGCUUUAUUGGCCGACGGUGGCAAAAGACAAAGGAGGAGCAAGUGGCGCGAUGUCUCCACUCCCCAAUCCAGAACAAAGACUAGUAACUCCUGUCUCCCCCAUGUCCACCACCACCACCACCACCUGCCGACGCAUGCAGCGCCCCUCAUCCAGUGGUGGGAUGCGUUACGGACUGAUGUUGGAUUGGUCUGGCCGGCACCCCGUCGUUUUCAUGUAAUGCAUGCAUCUCGCUGCACAGCUCUCUCGUUGCUGCUGCCAUCAGUACUGCUAGUCUUCCUCCACCUUUGACUCCAUCAACUGUACCUAAAGCAGAAGCACUGCUGAUGGAGGAACGUGGUAGACAGAUCAUGGUCAUCAGCUUUUGCUCAUCACGACCGCGAAGGACAGAUCGAGUGUGAGAACUCGUCCUGCUACCGGGGAGAGCACACGAUGAACCGUGAGAGAUGCAAGAGAUGAGAGUCGAUCGCAUUUGAUCCCCCAUGGCAAAGAUGAGAGUCAGUCAAUCUCUGAACAGUUGCAGAAACAAGAAAAGAAGACAUACAGAAAUUGGGAGAAAUGGAAGGACGAGCAUAAUUUACAGCUCCAAAAAAGCUCAUCGCUCGCACCAAUGCAUUCCGAGAGAUAAAAAAUCACAUGUCCACAAGGGGAUGGGGGACAGCCUCAGCUCCCUCUCCUCCCUGUAUAAAAAGACCAAUCCACCAGCUUUUUCCCAGACACAGCCACAGGGAGGAGGAAAAGAAGGCAAGUGCAGCCCCUCUGCAACGCCCCGCCCCGCCCCCCCACCCCCCCAACCCCACCAAGCCCCUAUUAGCUGUAGAUUCUUUUGCAGCUUUGCUCCCACCUUUGCUUGAGGGCAUUGACAUCUCCCCGAGCUCUUCCAAGUUCCAUCUCUAUAUACCUCAGCCUCUGUUCCCGACCUCUUCCACUGCAUACACUUUGGCUUCCUCAGCUCUGAAAUGGGGUUCCCCGUUGGCUACCCUGAGCUCCCUAAGCUCUUCCUCCCCCUGUUCUUCCUCUUGGCCCACCUCAGAAGGCUCAUCAACUUGGUCUUCUACUCCCUCGGCCUCGGCAGCCUGCUAGAGUCUGAAACCCAGUGGCAUGACGCAGACAUGCACCGCCACCGCCACCACCAAACCAGUCUUCACUUGCUUGCAGCUGAGGUGAUCCAGGAGAGCUUGCCGGUGGUCCAGUUCGAGGACCUACUCGCCGAGCAGGACGGCGGACAGUGCUUGCCCGAGGGCUGCGCCGUCUGCCUCUAUGAGUUCGAGGGCGCCGACGAGGUCCGGCGGAUGGUCAAUUGCCGCCACGUCUUCCACCGGCAGUGCGUCGACCGGUGGUUGGCGCACGGGCAGUGCACCUGCCCCUUGUGCCGCGCCCCGCUCGCCAAUUCCGACGCCCCUUUCCAUCACGAUGAAGACGACUGUUACUCCCUCUCGCUGCCGCCGGUGUACGCACUGAGCCCACUUCAGCUGCCUUCCUCGUAGCUGCAGAAGCGAUCGGUGAAAGAGCUGCAAGUGUACAGAGGUGAUGCUAAAUCUGCAAACACGGAGUUGAAUGCAAUAAGACAGACGUGCCUUCUUCUUUCCCUCGCACGGUCUUGAUUGGUAAUGAGGCUUGAGAGAGCAGUGAUGGAUGUGGAUUGGCUUUGGAUUGAUUGGAGUUUGCCGAGCAGAUUUCUUGGGGACAACAAGAGUGUAUCCAACAUGUUUGGAGAAGAAGUGUGGAUUUCGGACUGCCGCUUGAAGAAUCUGAAACCUGUUCUGAAGUAGUUCUCGGUUGGAUUGGAGGAUUGAGAGAUAAAGAAGGAAGAAUCGAACCCUACAUACUGUUAUGAAUUGACUUUUGUAUGUGAUCUCUGCUGUCUUUCUUCUGACUUGCCAGCAAAAUUUUUGCUUGCUGACUACUGCUUGUAAGAUUCUAACUUUGGUUUAAUGAGACUGAGAGAGAAUGAUGCCCCUUUCCAAUUCAA